GCAUCCCUCACACUCACACACUCUGUCUGCGCUCCCCACCCACCCACCCAAUCUCUCCCUCCGCGCACUCUCUCUGUUUGCGAUUUCCAUUCUCAGGGCUCGCUUCUCUUCCACUGACGUCGCCGCUGGCCACCGCGAAACACACAGGCCACCACGUCGUCGUCGCUAACCAUACCCGCUUCUCUUCUCCUCCACCUUCACAUCCACCACGCGUUGGCUAUUUCGAGAAAACAGCGUCCACGACCACCGCGAAAACAGCGGAGCCACCGUCGGACUGUGAUUGGCGGACGAUUCCGACCGCCACGACCACCACGAACACAGGUAGAUUUAGACAUUGAGGUAGAGUCAACCGAGUCCUUCCCCAUCUCAGAAGAAAUCAGAAUCAAAGCACAGAGUUUAAGGGAACAAGAACGUAAGAGGAAAGAGCAGGAAGAGAAAAGAUUGGAGAGAGAAAGGGAGAAGGCUCAAUGUUCUAUCUCAGUCAAAUUGAACACAAAUUGCCCCUGCCUCCUCCUCGUCUUGUUCUUCCCAUUCGAGAAGCCAUUCACAUGGAGCUUGAAAAACUUUUCUUAGAUAAGGUUAUAGCAAACUUGGGCCUUUGCAUCUCUGUCUAUGAUAUCAGAUCAAUUGACGGUGGGUUUAUCUUCCCAGGUGAUGGGGCUCCAACCUAUACGGUUGUAUUCAAUUUAAUUAUGUUUCGUCCAUUUGUGGGGGAGAUUAUCACUGCAAAGCUUAUUUCAUCUGAUUCUAAUGGCUUACAAUUAAGUCUUGGAUUCUUUGAUGACAUUUAUGUCCCUGCACAUCAUAUGCCCUACCCAAACCACUUUGUUGAGGAUGAACAAGGGAAAAGGGUAUUUUCUAGCGAAGAGUCAACAACUAAUUCUGUGAGGAAAGGAGUAUGGUUUUGGGAUUUUAACGAACAAGAAUAUCCUAUUCAAGAAACUGACGUGAUCAAAUUCCGAGUUCAAAAUGUGAGUUAUCCACAAAUUCCGGUUGAGCAACCAAAAGAAUCAAAACCAUUUGCACCUAUGUUGGUUACUGGAUCGUUGGAUCAUGAUGGUCUGGGUCCUGUUUCUUGGUGGUGUGCAGAAGAGAUUGAGGUUGAUGAUGAGUGAAGAGCAAGGAACAAUCAUAGGAGAAGUAAAAGCUUGACACAACAAAGAAGAAUCACAUUUUAGCCAGACACGCCUAUACCCAACACCCCAAGAAAGCUCAAUGGCUAGAAUGACUUCCGUGAUUUCAGCAUAUAAGGAAUUGUGAACACCCAAAAAGAAGUGUAGCUCCCAUUAUACUCACCACAGCUACCCCUAAAGAUACCACCAUAAGCCGCAUACCCUUGGCAACCUUCAAAAUAGAAAAGUGAGUCAUAUCAUUAUUCAUGUAAUUCUUAUAAGCAGUACGUGACAGUCUGAUGUUGCCUUUGAUAGUGUGAAUGACAGUGUCUAAACUUAUACAUUGUUGAAAUCUAGCGUAGUUUCUCACCUUCCAAAUCAUCCACAAGGAAUAAGUAGCAGCAGCUAUACCAGAAAAUUUCCUGCAGCCAAUACUAAAUGUAUACAGCAAUAGUACAUUCAAAAAAUAAGCGAGAAAUGAUUUCCUCUUGCUGUCUACACAAGAAACACACAGAACACAAAUACAGUCCCCUAAGCUGGACAUCGUUUUCAGGUGGUAACCUAAGAUGAAGCAGCUUCCAAAGGACGUAAGAUUUAGCCGGAGGGAUGGUAUCAGACCAUAUCAAAUUCCCCCAAUCACAAGAACCAUGAGAAGUGGAAAAGAAACUCCUAGCCACCUUCUGACUGAGCAUACCGGAAUCAUCCAAAAUCCAAUUAGGAAUAUUAAGAGCAUCUGUGGCAACAAUUUUCUGCAAAGCCUCCAAACCAGGAAUACUGCAUAAAGGAGAAAAGACCAACAAGAGCCACUCCAAACUUGAGAAACCUUAGCACAGAGUUGAAGUCUCUCUUCAUAGGAAACACCAGAAAGCAAAGAAAACACCUCCUGGAAUACCAUUGGUCAUUGCAAAUAUUUAUCUGAUUACCUUCACCUACAGUCCAAUAAGUGUUUUCCAGAACAGUGUGAUACCAAUUAUUAAUACCAGGUCAAAUCGAAGAGGAUUUAUAUAAAGCAAUUUUUGGGUAUUUGGACUUUAAGAACCUUGAUCUCAUUAGAAAAAUCCAAGGCAUAGAGAUAUAAGCAAAAUACAAGCCAACUGUAGAAGAUAACCUUUAUUCUCCACAAUUGCUGCCCCCCUUCAUAUAUGCUGGCAAGAGAGCUGAUUCCAAUUAACAAUGACAAGACCAUGCUUACUAACAUCAGCAGUCCAUAUAAAAUUUUAACCAUUUAUCCACCUCUUUUAGCAAGUUAGCUGGUCAUUUAUAAACUUGAAAACUAUAGGAAAGAAAGCCAGUAAUGACAGAGUUUACCAGCUGAAUUCUGUCCAUCAUACUCAAAGUUUUCCCUUUUCAAGAGGUAAGCUUGAGCCUAACUUAAUUAGCAAGAGGUUGAAGGAAGUGAGAUUUAGGAGCCCCCACAAAAGUAGGCACCCAUAAAUAGUUAAAGGAUAAUGAUACUUUAACCUACAUUUUUUGACCCAUUUUUAACCUACCACUUCUUAUCACCCUUAGAUCAUCAUAUCACAUCACUCCAAAAACUUAAAAUAGAUGAUCUAAGGGUGAUGAGAGUAGUGGGUUAAAAAUGGGUCAAAAAAAGUGGGUUAAAAUAUCAUUUUCCAUAGUUAAAUGGUAUAAAACCUCUAUUGCAGCCAAGAAUACACUUAACUCCUAUUAAAGGCAGAAGAAUCAUCAGCAAGAAUGUAAAGACUCUUAGUGAAAUUCAUCAUUGGCCUGAGGCUGAGAGUAGUUUCAUGAGGUUAGUCAGGGUACUCUUAUUAGCUCUGCAGAAAACAAAGAUGUCAUCAGCAUAAAGAACAUGAGAAGGAAAAGAAAUUAUUUUAGGACCAACCAUAGGGCGCAUGUUCUGAGAACUGAUAAGUUGAGAAAUCCCUCUACUCAAAACUUCUUCAGCAAUACAAAACAUAAGGGAGAGAGGGUCCCCUGACAAACCCCACUACUGCAAGAAAAGUGACCAACAAGAUUAUGAUUAAUCCUAAUUGAAAGAAGAGCAGACUGAUGAAUCUGUAUAAUCCAUGGGUUGAAAUUUUGAUGAAAACCAAACCGCUGAACCAGUGUCAAAGGUUUUCUUGAUGUCAGUUUUAUAACAUACAUCUUUCUUAUCUCUUCACUAGAACGGCAACUGGUAGAUAAUUAUUUUCAUCUUCAAUAAUGAGCAGAAAUCAGAUUAAACAUGGAAUCAUUGCGAAGGGGACUAUGCUAGAAGCAGUAUUUAAAUCCUUGUAAAAAGAUAAAACGUGACAUUAAAGCAGUUUAAAAGAUUUUAUUUAUGCUAAGAGUUAUCAUCCUAUUCAGUCAAAACUUUUAAAUAAUUGGAAAAAAAAAACUUGGUUAA